AUGGCACGAUACAGUGAGCAUGCUGCCUUCAUAGCACAAAAGCCCGAGGCUGCCAUCCUUCGUCGAUUCCAAGAACUCCACGCAAGAAUUAUCCUGCUGUUACACGCUGACCUGUGCAACCUCGAGAAGGACUUGAAUGACAUCGUCCAGAAGGCGAUACGCCCAGACUCCAACACCACCGGGUCGCUAGUCCCGGAAGACCUGGACUUCGAGUGGAAAACGAUUCGAGAUUCUCCGACGCCGCUGGCGCAGGAACACCGAGCCAAGAUUGCUGAAAUCCAGGAGAAACUCUUCACGUACUAUGAAAAUCUGAUCCAAUCAGCCAAGCUUCGAAGGUUUGGCGUUGCUUCUGCUGCGAAUCUGGAAGUGACUAGGGACUGGCUUCUUCUCCAGCGCCCGUGGAACAUAGACGACAUGAGACCAUGGUUGCACGAGGAGGUUGAUCCCAAGGAGCUGUUGACGCUCUCUCCAAAGCUUGACGGCUUCGAUAGCUGGCUUGGCCAGAUCCUGAAGCCAUUCUGGCAUCAAAUGGUUGACGAACAGCCAAUGCUGCCAUCCCUGGCGGGGCAUGACAACACCAAGGCGCAAGACCUGAUUCUGAGAUGUGCGCCCGAGUCACUGAUUUUGGUAGGCAAUAUCUGCACGGUUUUAUUGUCUUCCGCCAUCUUCGUCUGCUCGGUGAUUGCCUUGAAUUUUACAGAGGCCACGCACUUUCGACUCAUCAUCAUCUUUGUUUUCACUGUGAUUUUCUCAAGCGUCCUGAUGUUUGUCGCACACUGUCGCCGGUCCGAGGUUUUUGCAGGCACCGCGGGCUUCUGUGCUGUUCUUAUUGUCUUCAUCCAUGGAGUGUCGCCCGGAGAGUGCGUUUAG